CUAACUGGGUGUUCUGGAUCUAAAACUACUGUGUUAGUAGUUUGAAUCCAUCAGAACACAGAAAUCUAUAAACACAAACAGAAAUUUUGACCCAUAACACACGAACAUCAUCCUGAACCUGCUUUUAAACAUUCAGCUCCUGUACUUCAGACCAAACUCACUGGAUCACAGCACCGCUUUCCUUUCCUGAGCAGCGGCGGUUUCAUCCUAAUAGCGCACUCUGACCACUAGGUUGCUUGUUGCCUGGUUUCAGUUUCAUUUCCAUUAACAAGGAAACGUAACCUAAAGGGAGUUGUCUGCUCCACACAAACACAUCCGACCAGACGAGGCUCCAGGCAGGAGCAGGCUGCUGCAGGAUGAUGAGGGUCUCAGGAAGAGUCCCGGUGUGCUGUAUCGCUCUGAUCCUCGUCCUGACCUCUGCAUCAGCUGUACCAAGACUCAAGUCCAUCAGUGAUCUGAAGACCAUCGGCUCUGGACAGUCCGGGCACAAUGCAGCCCUCGUGUUGCUCCACUGGUUUGCCACCACAGUGACCAUCGACAACAACAACGUCAUACGGCUGAGUUUUGACCCAGACAGCCGCCAUUAUGGCUCCCAUCAUUACGGCAACUAUGAGGGGAUUCUGGAGCCGCUGCCUCUGAGCAACGCCAGAUACCGAUACUUCACUGUGGGCAACAUCAACCAGCAGGACUCGCUGGAACUUCCGUCUUACGUCGUCCUCUUCCAGCGUGAGGGAGGAAACCGGAACCGAAUCAUCAUCAGAGUCAGGGAGGAGAACGUGGGCAGUACAAUAGACCAAGUCUACACCACGCAGCAUUACGAGACGUCGGAGCACCAGGGGACCCGGUACGAUCCGGACCACACAUACCGGCUGACGGUCAACCUUCUAAGACAGAUCAGAGAGUUUCCAGUGGAUGACAACAGAAUGAACUCAAUGACAAAUCUCAGGAACCGCUUUGGAAGCAGCGUCGAUGAUUCCCAGCUGAGGCUCAUCAGAGACACUUGGGGCAGCCUCGCCUGUCUGGGACUGUUGCUGUUUAUCGUGAUCCAGGAGAAGCACUCCCCUGCCCAGCGCAACCACAGACCUCCGCCUGCAGCCAGAAGGAACACCGACUUUGUUGUCAAUAUCCCAGAAAACAGACAAAAUGGGAGAUCUGAGACUUUUGCAGGACUUCACAUGGGUCAGAGCAAUGGGGUGACACUGAAGGUGACGACAGGCCCAGGUGGGAAAGCCAGAAUAGUUUGGAGGAAAGUCCCUCAACAUCUUCUAAGACAAGGCAUGAUGGUAGCGCUUUACAAGAAUGGCGAAGACGAGGAGGUCAUGGCCUCCAAGUCUAUUGGGAACUCAGAAUCUGGCAGUCAUGACACCUGUGUUCCUCUGAACGACGGCCUUCAGGUCCGGCUGCACGAGGUGAGGACCGUGUACUGCUUCUGGUCGCGGCGGGGAGAAGAGACAUGCAGAGGUCCUGAGUUUCACAACCCCACAGCAGUCAACAUCACAGAGUACAGCGCAAAGCUGCAGCUGUUUGUGAAAGACGGGAAGGCUUGUGCUCGCUUAUACGUGCACAAGGCUUUCAGUGAGUGGAAGACCGACUUCAGAAAGUCUUGGGUUGGGUUCUACAGCUCUGCACAAAAAGCCACAAGCGACUACGAGUGGUGGCAGUGGCAAUGGGCAACAAAGUUCAAAGUAAACCCGGACUUUGAGGACCCCUCUUAUGAUAUCUACGAGUAUCACUCAGGUAUGGCCGUAGCUACAGGUGUGCAGGCACGAUUCAUGCUACAGGGCGAACUAGAGAAAGCGCGCACUCUCACCUGGGGGGCAUGAAGACUUCUAGAGACCCGCUGCAGACAAUCUCAACAACAAGGCAAAAUAUUAGAAGCACUGUAAAUUUAGAAGUAAUGCUUUGAGGAUAAUCCAGCAUGCUGAUGCCAUUAGAAUGUUUUUAUGUAUAUUUAAACACAGUCCUUAGUGAAACACCACCCAGGAGACAAUCCCAGAGAGCAGCAGUCCCCAACCUUUUUUUGCACCUCUGACCGGUUUUAAGCAAGAACAUUUUCUACGGACCGGUCAUUGCACACAUAAC